UUAGGAACAAGACAAAAGUUUGGUUAGGGACUAAUCCCAAAUCCCAAAUCCCCAAUCAAUGAAUCCCGGUAUCUAUGUCUCCCUCUUUCUCUCUCGUCUGCUUUGACUAUGAGCUGACUCACAAUCUCCAUUGAUCUGGGGCUCUUUCUUCUCAGCUUCAAUCUUUUCUUUCUUCCACUCAUCAGGAAUUCAAAAUUGAAGCAGGGCUGGUGAGAUCUAUCAUGAUUUUUCUCUCUUAUGCUUUACCUUGAAGCUUCUGAGGGUUGUUUCUGUUUGUAAGUUUUCCUGUGUCAUAUGAUGUAGCUCAAUGGAGGACCCUAUUGAUGAGUUAGCAACGACCAUCAUGAAAAAGUGUGAAACACUUCCCCCUCUGUCAUCAAAAUGCUGUAUCUACAGAAUCCCCAGAAAUCUCCGGAAAAUUAAUGAGAACUCCUACACUCCUUCCCUUAUCUCCAUUGGCCCCUUCCAUCGUGGAAAUCCAAGUCUGCACGCCAUGGAGGAGCAAAAACUGAGAUAUCUGCAUAGAUUCAUUCAACGAAAUGGUAACAGGGACUUGGAGGAUUACCUAACUGCAUCAAUGAAAUGGGAGAAGGAAGCACGGGAUAGUUAUUUAGCAACCAUUACUCUGUCCAGCAUAGAGUUUACAGAAAUGCUAGUGCUUGAUGGCUGCUUCAUUAUUGAGUUCUUCUUAACGUGGCAAGGAAACACUAUCGACCACAAUGACCGUAUCUUUCACAGGCCAGCACUAAGCCAAGCAGUUUUACGUGAUCUUAAAUUGCUGGAGAAUCAAAUCCCACUUUUCAUACUUGAAAUUCUGUACAACAUUGCUUUUGAAGACAACAAGAAGGUCCCUAGCUUCUUGAAGCUAACUUGUGAAUGUAUGAUCGGGAUUGGCAAAGUCCCUAAACAUUUCCAGAAGACAAAGAUGUUGCAUCUGGUUGAUUUCCUGAGAACUUACUACUUACCACCAGAGAGGGAAGAGAUUUGCUACGAGAAUCAGGACUGGGAUUUCCCUGAUGGAAUUUCUGAGCUCUAUGAGUCUGGUGUGACAUUAAAGGUUGAUAAAGAUGAUAAGUUCCUCAACAUCAAAUUCGAAAAUGGAAUCCUUUAUAUACCCGAGUUAAUGUUGGAAAAUCAUACAGAAUCUCAACUCAGAAACUUGGUUGCCUUUGAACAAUGUCAUUACCCUCGAGAGUCUUAUGUGGUUGAUUAUGUUCUGUUUUUGGACAGUCUAAUCUAUGACAAGAAAGAUGUUGAUGUCUUGGUCAAUCAUGGUGUUAUAUUGAACUCUCCAGGUAGCAGUGAGGAUGUUUACAGACUCUUCAGCAAUAUCUCAAAGGGAACGACAUAUUCACGAGGAAGCUUCUACUAUGCUGAUGUUUGUAGGCGCUUAAAUGAGUAUUGUAAGACUCCUUGGAACCGAUGGAAGGCUAUACUUCGCCAAGAUUACUUCAACAAUCCAUGGUCUAUGAUCUCUACGAUUGCUGCUAUAGUUUUGCUUAUUCUUACUGUCAUACAGACAUAUUGUGACAUUAUUCAACUCCAGUACUGAAUAUAUAUCCCAAUUUCCCUGCACAAUCUUCAGAGGAAAUGGUUGUGAAUUUCAGAAACAUUGUGUCCAGAAAUUGCUGUUGUAGCAAUAUGUAUCAAUUUCACUAUCAUAUACCAAGUGCUUUGUGUAAACUGUAUACUUUGGCAAUUGCUUUAAUCAAACUUGAUUAUGCUCUUCUUUUAAGUAAA